AUGAUCUGGUCUAAUUAGAAUGAGCAGCGACGGGGAGAUCGGCUCCCUGCAUGCCGGCGCUGAGGGAGCUCCGUGCGUCAAAAGAGAAAUCCAAAAGCGAAAGAAACGUCCAGGUAGGAUCGCCGCGGAGAGAAGGUGCCCGACGGAGCGCUGACGCUUCCCACACAGACUCCCAGACAAGACAGACGCAGCCACACAACUCUUCGUAAGGAAAGGGGGGAAGCGGAUCAUCUGAAUUCAAACAGUGCCGCUUCCAUGGCAUCCACUCUGGGAAACGGCACUCGCACCCCGGGAACUCCGGGCGCACAACUGAAACGGAAGCUGAAACGCAGAAGGAGAAGACGGUCUAAGAGAAAAGAAAAGAUGGGUGGGGUUUCUGCUUUCAAGCUGCUGAGGACGGAAACGGCGCGCGCCGAGGACGAGGACAGUUUCAGUAAGUUCCUGUCCCGCUAUUUCACACCGUGCCGAGGUACCAGCAGUGGGGAGGUGAAGGAGAACCGGGACACUGGAAACCUGGAUGAGUGCCCCAUUGGCCCAAGGUGCUGCCAGUCAUUCUUCAGCCCUGACACGCCUAGAGGCGCGACUUCCGGUUUGAAAAGGAAACAGCCUCUUGAGGAAGGAAAUGGCCGGCGCCUACGAAAGCCAGAGCCGGUCCGCAGGAAGCAGUCGUGGUCCGUUUUGCCGAAGAAUGCCUUGGUGCAUCUGAAUGAGCUCCGACCGGGCUUGCAGUACCAGAUGCUGGCCCAGACGGGUCCCCGGCAUGCUCCUGUGUUCUCCGUCACCGUGGAGGUGAAUGGGCUGGCGUUCAAGGGCACCGGGGCCACGAAGAAGGCAGCCAAAAUGCGGGCAGCUGAGCUGGCCCUUGGGUCCUUCAUUCAGUUCCCCAAUGCCUCCCAGGCCCACCUGACGAUGGCCGGUGCAGAGCAGUCCCCGGUGGACUUCACCUCAGACCGGGCUGCGGACUACUUGGGAAUCCUGUUCAAGGAGUUUGAGCCGUCAGUUCACAGUGACAGGGCCCCCGAGCUCCGGAACCGGCAGGCAGCACCGCAGACGGGCUACAAGAGCCCGGUGGCACUGCUGAAUGAGCUACGGCCAGGCCUGCGGUACCUGUGCCUUGCGGGUGGUGCCGAGGCUGGCCGGGUCCACCGCCGCUUUGUCAUGGCACUCAGGGUGGACGGUAGAACGUUUGAGGGCUCGGGCCGCAGCAAGAGGCUGGCAAAGAGCCAGGCGGCCCUGUCAGCCCUUCGGAGCGUCUUUGGCUUGGGGCUGCCGCCCAACUGGGGGGGCAUCGGGGAGCCUGGCAGGAAGCACCCCCACUUACCCCAGGGCUUUGCCGAGUCAAUAUUCCACUUGGUGGCAGAGAAAUACAGCGAGCUGGCAGACAGCUGCACCCCCUUGCAUGCGCCCCACAAAGUCUUGGCAGGCAUCGUAAUGACCAGAGGAUUAGAUCUCCGACGGGCCCAGGUGGUAGCCAUAGCGACCGGCACAAAGUGCCUCAACGGUGAAUACAUCAAUGACCAGGGGCUCGUGGUGAACGACUGUCACGCCGAAAUCGUCGCCCGGAGGGCGUUCCUCCGAUUCUUGUACUCGCAGCUAGAGCUCCUUCUCAGCAAGCGACAGGAGGACAGGGCCAGAUCGAUCUUCAUGUGGCGCGAGGAGGGCUGCCAGGUCCGGGAGAAUGUCAUGUUCCAUAUGUACAUCAGCAUGUCACCCUGCGGCGAUGCCCGGCUCAACUCGCCCUAUGAGACCACGGCGGACCCGCAUCGCCAGCUGCGCCCAAUGAGGAGGUGCCGCGCCCAUCUGCGGACGAAGGUGGAGUCCGGCGAGGGCACGCUGCCCGGGCGUUCCCGCCAGGCCACCCAAACGUGGGAUGGGGUCCUGCAGGGCGAACCUCUCGCCACCAUGUCGUGCACCGACAAGAUUGCAAGGUGGAAUGUUCUCGGCCUGCAGGGGGCGCUGCUCUCCCGUCUGGUGGAGCCAGUGUACCUGCACAGCCUGACGGUGGGCAGCCUACUACACGUAGGCCACCUAUCCCGUGCUACGGCUCAGCGUCAGGAGAGGCUUGGUUCCCUGGCUGCCCCGUACCGACGCCACCGGCCCCUUCUCAGCUGUCUUGGCCGCAGCCCCUCCCAGCAGCCGGGGAAGCCUCCAAGCUCCAGCCUGAACUGGACGAUCGGAGACACCCAACCGGAGGUGCUGAAUGCCUCCAGGGGCACCAGGGCUCCCUCGGGGGCCCCCUCGCGGCUCUGUAAACGGGCCCUGUUCUCCCGCUGGGCGAGGUUGCUCCACAAGCUGCCUGGACCUGGUGCAGGCGCCAUAACGGAGCCGCUGGUGUAUGGAGAGGCUAAGCAGAGGGCAGGCCUCUACCAGAAGGUCAAGCAGAAGUGGUUCAGGGCCCUACAUGAGGCUGGACUCGGGACUUGGGUACGGAAGCCACCAGAGCAGGACCACUUCCUGGUAUGCGUGUGAGCAGGGACAGGUAGGGGGUGAAGGUUAACAUUCAGCCAAACCCCCCUACUUCUCCUCCGCCGCUGCCAUUCUCCCAUGAGCUGGUGAAAUAUGAGCUAAGAUGCGUGACAAUUACCCGCAAUUAGAGAGAAAACAAAGUGCCAACCAGACAAACUGCACAGAAUACGGGCUGCAGAGGUGCUCUGAAAUGAGACGGUGGAGACGGGGACAUUGUGAGACAGACGGACACUGAAAAGAAACUACACAUAGAGGCAUUGUGAGACGGGCUAACACUGAAAUGAAAUGACACAUAGAGGCAUUGUGAGACGGGCUAACACUGAAAUGAAAUGACACAUAGAGGCAUUGUGAGACGGGCUAACACUGAAAUGAAAUGACAC